CACGUGUGUGAAACUAACGUCUAACGUGUGAAAACAGUUCGCGCGUCAUGGCUUCUCGGGCACAUGUGCAACGCGUCAGGAUAUUGUACAAGACGAUUUUGAGGUUACACCGCGGUCUACCGGCCGAGAUUCAAUCUUUAGGUGAUAAUUACGUUCGCGACGAAUUUAGAAGACACAAAAAGUGCAUCGAGAGCGAAGCGAUCAUUUUUCUUCACGAAUGGACUGAUUACGCAGUCUCUCUAGCCGAACAGCUCGGGUUAAGGGGUCCUCAUACGGCAAAACCGCUUGGCAAGUACCUAAAGAAAGACGAUCUCGAAAAAUUGCGAGAUGAUCAAGUGCGUCAAUUGUACGAAUUGAUGAUUGCGGCGAUGGGAAAGACGGAGGAUAAUAUAAGCGAGUAAACGUAAUUAUCGUAGUAGAUUCUCCUGAAAUCGAAUUCACGGAAUACUCUGUAGCUAAUAAUUUAAAGCGAUUGAAUUAUAAUGACUAAGGUUUUCUUAAGGAAUUGUACAUUCAAGUUGCGAAUAAAAAUACAAUUUGUCUUA